CUCCGGGGGCGCGGGCCGCGGGCCCUGCGCGCUGUCUCCGGCUUCCUUUCCCGCAGAAGUUAUGGGCUGAGCGUCAGGCCGGGCUCCAGGGGUGACGUUUGCUGCGUCUCAUUGGCGCAGAAAUCUUCCGCCCAUCUUCUCAGGUGCCUUCUUCUCUGCGACCGUCUUCUAAUACCUAAUAGUAGUUGGAAAGUUAAGGCUGUUUCGUGUUUUCUUUCAGGACUCAUGUUCAACACGGGGAUUGGGCAGCACAUUUUGAAAAAUCCUCUAAUUGUUAACAGCAUUAUCGAUAAGGCUGCCUUAAGACCAACUGAUGUGGUGCUGGAAGUUGGACCUGGAACUGGCAAUAUGACUGUUAAGUUGCUAGAAAAGGCAAAAAAGGUAAUUGCCUGUGAACUUGACCCAAGGCUAGUAGCUGAACUGCACAAAAGAGUUCAGGGCACACCUCUGGCCAGCAAACUUCAAGUAUUGGUGGGUGAUGUAUUGAAAACAGAUUUGCCAUUCUUUGAUGCUUGUGUAGCAAAUUUGCCUUAUCAGAUCUCUUCUCCUUUUGUCUUCAAAUUGUUGCUGCAUCGACCUUUUUUCAGAUGUGCUAUACUUAUGUUCCAAAGAGAAUUUGCUCUCAGACUGGUUGCAAAACCUGGAGAUAAGUUAUACUGCAGACUCUCAAUUAAUACACAGCUGUUAGCCCGUGUGGACCAUUUAAUGAAAGUUGGAAAGAAUAACUUCAGACCACCACCCAAGGUGGAAUCCAGUGUUGUAAGAAUAGAACCUAAGAAUCCGCCACCACCUAUCAAUUUUCAGGAAUGGGAUGGCCUAGUAAGGAUCACCUUUGUUAGGAAAAACAAGACACUGUCUGCUGCAUUUAAGUCAAGUGCAGUACAGCAGUUAUUGGAAAAAAACUACAGAAUUCACUGUUCGGUCCAUAAUACUAUAAUACCAGAAGAUUUCAGCAUAGCAGAUAAAAUACAGCAAAUCCUAACCAGCACAGGUUUUAGUGACAAGCGGGCCCGUUCCAUGGACAUAGAUGACUUCAUCAGAUUGUUACAUGGAUUCAAUGCAGAAGGUAUCCAUUUUUCUUAGGUAUCUGGAAAACAGAAUUUUCAAACUCAAGAAAAGAAAUUUGAAUUAUAUAUUUUUAAUAAUUUGAGAAGAUAUGUAUGCUUUUCCUCCACUGGGACACUGUGCUUGACUAUUUUUGAUUUAAUGUUACUAUUACUAGUAAUUAGUCCAAAUUUCUAAGGUACUUAUAUAAGUUCCCAAGGUUUUUUUUUCGGUUUGUUUUUAAUAUUUAACACAGGCCAGGUUCUAGUCUAUACAUGAUAAUUAUCAAGAGCCAUAGACACAACUUGACACUUAAACUUCAUUUCUAACAGGUUGUUGUAUAAAGAUGUUACUCUAUUUUCUAUGUUAUAUAUUACUGUGAAGACCAAUUUAGGCCUUCAACUCUUUAGUCCUUUAUUCUUCAGGUAUAAAGUUAAAUAUGCUUAACUGAGUCACAUAUUCCCCAUAUCAUUUAUUAUUAUUCAUAUGUACAGUAAAACAAUUUUCUUAUAUUUUAAUUUUGUUUCUCUCUCUGUUUAUCCUAUAUAACUUCUAUCACUGCCUACCUACCCCUUUACUUAUCCUGUAACAUCACAGUUACAUCAGGGUUCUGGGUAAGCUUGAGUCUGCUCCUGAGACCAUGUGGUGCCAGACAUUACUUCUGGGCAUGAUUCCUUACCUGUAAAAUAAGGAUGCUCAACUAGAAUGUGAAAUGAAUUAUAAGAUUGUAUGUUUUUUCUUGGGGAGAUAGUAAUAGUUUUAACAAAAUUUCCAGAGGUUUUAGAAAUCAAAACUUCAUUUAAAAUAUCUGCCCAUCAAGUUCAAAACAAAACUCAACCAGUAAUUUUCCCACAAGAACAGGCUCCCAGUAUUCCUCCUAUAACUUCUGGAUAAUGAAAAUUUCCAGCACUCUUUUAUAUACCUGAUGCUUAGCUAUAAUCUAUUUAAAAUGUAAGGAUGAUAAUUUCAAUAGAUGUCACAACCAUAUCUUAAUUAGUUACUAUGUCUAAAUCAUUAUCAAUAUUAAUUGUUAAUGUCCUUUAAUAAAGAAUUAUAUAUAAUAGCUGGUUAUUUAUAUAAGGAAAUAAAAAUAUCUUCAUUUUUUAUGCCUACCUUAACAGAAGUGUUUCAAAUUAUUUUAACAAAGGUACACUGAGUAAACCUAGAAAGGAAGUUAAUUUGUUUACCUAAACAGAUUAUUUUUCAAAUAUGGCUUCAAAAUGAUAUUAAGCAUUCCUAUAUAAUGAAAAUAAUGUAUUUUUUGUUACUUAUUAAUAGGAAUAUCAGCUUUCAAGUCUGAGAAAGUAAAGAAUGUUUAAUUCAGAUCCAAAUUUUUUUUAAAUAGCUGUAUCAAGCCACUUUUGUUAUAAAUAUUAUACUUGGGUAGCUUUUUUUAAAUAUCAAAAAACUUUACUUUGCAAAAUUCACUUGUACUAUUUCUAUUCUUACAGGAAAAUUCUAAGGUUUAUUCAUUUAGCUUUUCCUCUACACCCUAGUAACUGCUGAGUUUUAGUCCCUUUUCUGGCCCUUAGUUUCCCUAUCUGUAAAACUGAAGUACUGGAUUAUACUACCAAGAUCUUUUCUGGUGUACUGAUUUUUUAUAUACCUUGAUUACUGAUCAGAAUGAAGCCAUUAUAGAAUAAAGCAGCACAUUUAAAUAUAA